AUGAAGAUUUUCUGGUUUUGGAUCUUUCUUGUGGCAGCUUUGCUUGAAUUCGAAGUCUUUGCUAAAAGUUUGAAGACAACUAAAAAGUCACCCAUUGACAAAAUCAGCAGCGGUGACGCCACCAGAAGAAGACAGAAACGAUAUAUAGUUUGGGGAGGAGGACCCCAAGGCCAAGGAUAUGGUUAUGGGCAAAGAAGACCCUAUGGACAACCAGAUUAUCCGCUCGAUAAACUAGUGAGAGUUAGAGAAGGAAUGAGAAAUGAAUGGUAUAACCUUGCAAGAGGUAUACCCAACCCGUAUAGGCCACAGAGACUUGACCUGCAGAAGCAAGCACUGCAUUUAAAUGGUUAUAAUUAA